AUGUCUCGACUAGUCACUCGGCUCCUUUUCAUUUCUAAACAUUCAAGAGCUGCACUAUCGUUAUUACCAAAGCGCAUCCCAGCCUCGUGCCAAGUACACACAAGUCCGGUCCUGACAUCCCUCACCCGUUAUGAUGAAACUACAGACUGGCAAAAGAAACUCUCCCCUGAGCAAUAUGUCGUGACAAGAGAAAAGGGGACUGAGGUGCCCUUUAGUGGGAUCUACUUGAACCACUAUGAAGUGGGGAUGUACCACUGUGUAUGCUGUGAUUCACCACUCUUCAGCUCAGAGGCUAAGUACGACUCUGGGACAGGCUGGCCAGCUUUCAAGGAGGCUCAUGGCACUUGGGAGCGAGAUGAGAGCCACACUUCCAUUAUUCGUCGCCCUGACAACAGUUUGGGGAGUGCCAGCAUGGAGGUCCUUUGUAAAAAUUGUGAUGCCCACUUGGGUCAUGUAUUUGAGGAUGGUCCAGACCCAACUGGUCAGCGGUUCUGUAUUAACAGUGCAGCCCUCAACUUUAAACCUAGAGACAACAACAAACGUGACGUGACUCAAGAAAACUGA